AGAGAGUCCAAUACCAAUUAUAUCAUUUUCUUUCAUAAAUAACAUAUCCCGUGUAUUAACACGGGUACACUUUAUACGAAAUCCGACAGGCAAGUGAGUUAGAACCGUAAAGACCACUCCCUAGUCUCCCUCCAUCUUUGUGCAACAAUUUGGUACAAUCGUGCAAAAGCGGUUAACGUGCAAUUUCAAAUCUCCUACUUCUUCGGAUCAACCAACCAUUUUAAAUUCAAAUUCUUCUGAUCAAAACAAAAACCCAGAUGACAGAUUCACCCACUAAUCCCACAUUUGAUUUCCACGAUCACCAAAACAAAAUCCAUGAAAUAAACGACCUUGAAAUCAAAAUCCCAGUUGAAAUUGUAAGUGAUGAAGAAAUGGCUUUCAUUGAAGCUGCCUUUUCCUUAGCUUCUCGCCGUUCUUCACUCUCUCUUUUCUGUUCCACCUCUUUUCAAUCUAUUUCCAUUGCUUCUAAUAAAAGAUUCUCCACUUCAAUUGUAUGUAAUGAUUUCGAAGAUUUGGGUAAAACUCAAAGUCCCAAGAAAAAGAAGAACAAAGUUUUUGAAUCCCUUUUGAGUAAAUAUAGAAGUAAUAGGGGAUUGUCUGUCACUGAUUUGACAUCUACGGAAUGGUGUGAAAAACAAAUGGAGUUCCUUCUCACUUAUGGUAGGCCAGAAAAGACAAAAGCUAUGAAAGCUGGGAUUGCUCGGCAUGCAAAGUUAGAAGAAGAGGUAUCAAAAAAAGUAGAAGUACGUGUUGAGACACUUGAAGAUAUAUGGGCUUUGAAGUUUAUAAAUUUUAUCAUCUGUGCAAACCAACUAUUGUUUGACGGUUUAACACGAGAAAUCCCUGUAGUUGGCCUUGUUCAAGGUGUAUGGAUGGUGGGAGUGAUUGAUGAACUCCGGAUGCCUGAUAAUAGGGAAGGAAGAAAGUUAACAUUAGUUGAUACAAAGACACGUGGUCAACCAAGGCUUCCUGCUGAACCACAAUGCAGAAAUGGAAGGCUACAAUUGAAGUUCUAUAAGCAUUUGUGGGACAAUAUAGUCUCUAAUAUCUUCCCUUCUAAACAAUUUUAUGAACAUUUUUCCAUGGAUCCUCAACACAAAUUAUCUGAUGAAGUGAAGAUGAAUGCCGCUGAUUCAGGUUUCCCUGCUGAGACACUUGGAGAAGUUGUAGGAUAUCUCAAUAAUGUUUGUUCUGCGCUACCGCCUGCUCAAGAUGAACUUCUCUUGAGAUAUGAACUUCAAGAGGAUAACUCAUUGAUCGGCGAGGUUAAGUUCAGUUACGAUGAGGACUGGCUUAAGGCUCAAUUGCACAGCAGCCUUGAGUUUUGGCGGGGUGAGCGAGAAGCCAAAUAUGUUCCAGAGAUGGAAAAGUGGAAGUGUCGAUUUUGCCAAUACGCAACUGUCUGUCCACAAACUCAAACAAGUUGAAACUAAAUCAAAUUCUCAAUCUAGCACACAGAACAGCUAAAGGUGGUGAUCUUUAGUUUAUUUUUCGCGUUCUUAUUUGCUCGUAGUUGAAAUUCAUAUUAAUAUCAUGAAUGCAACGAAAAAAUUUCAGCUCAAAGUUAUUUCUUGGGGUGCAAAUAUAGGCAAAAAUACAUGUGCUAAGGAAGUAGCACUUUGAAAUCUGCUUGGAUAUCAAGCAAAUGUUGUACUUCAUCAUAAUUAUUUUUAUUAGCUAGGUGAUUCAUUCUUUGUAAAGCACAAUUAUGUAAUUUAAUUUUGUAUCUGUAAAAUUGGUGCUCUUGCGCUCA